AUGACACUCGAAUAUUUCAAACAAGACCCUAAACAAUGGAGUAUUAAAGGGUUUUUAAGGCAAUACAAAGGAAAAGACUCAUUUGAACGUACAAUCGACAUAUACCUUAGAGAAUCGUUAAAAAUGGGACAGAGAAUGAAUCAAAGAAGGCACAAA